AUGGUGAAGGCAUCCCCAAAUGAUAAAGCUAUGGCCAAAAAAGAAACUACAGAGAUCGAGAUUGUAAGUAUGAGUGUAUACAUGUGUAAUUUAUCGUUUUACUUAAAAAGAAUUCAACUACAGUGAUUUAAUAUCAAGUAUUGUUAAUUCAUUUUAGUGGCACAAUGACAUUAAUUUGAUGACCGUAAAUGCACCACCAAAAGAGCCAUCAAAAUGUGCAAUCAAAUCAUUGGACUUCCUAUUUUCAUCGGAAGAGCUCCAGGAUGGAAUACUAUUCCAGUCGAAAAGAUCUCCAAAACCAGCACUAGAUCCCAACAGGGUCACUAAAUUGUUUG